AUUGUUGUUCAGGCCAACGCAAAGGCAAAAUUUGAUGAAACCGUCGAGGUGCAUGUAAGAUUGGGUAUUGAAUCAAAACGAACAGAACAGGCAGUUCGUGGUACUAUGAUUCUGCCUCAUGGCACGCCUAAGGCCGUCAGUGUGGCUGUUUUUGCAGCAGGAGCUGAUGCGGAGGAAGCUAGAGCUGCAGGAGCUGAUAUAGUUGGGGGUAAAGAGCUUAUUGAGGAGAUUGCUAAUGGUAAUAACAAGCGUAGAGUUGACAAGUGCUUCUCAACUCCAGGAAUGGCACCUCAUCUUGGAAAGAUAGCACAAUAUCUUAGAAAACGUAGACUGAUGCCAGACAAGAAACUAGGUACUCUGACCAGUGAUAUUCCUGGGCAGCUGAAUGAGCUAAGACAGGGUCGUGUGGACUUUAAAAUGGAGAGUAAGUCAAUUGUGCAUGCGGGAAUUGGAAAGAUAAGCUUCAGAGAGAAUCAGUUACGUGGAAGCAUAGGUGCAUUCAUGAAUGCUCUCUUGGCUGCCAAGCCUGCUGGCUUAAAGAAGACUUCAAAAUAUGCUGGUGUCCUAUCUGUCCAUAUGAGCAGCACGAUGGGACCGGGGUACCCGGUUUCAAUGCAAUCCUUAUCAAGAGCAGCUGAUAAUUACAAGUCUCUGAAUCUGCUAUGA